AUGAGGAUUUUCAGACCGUAGAGAUUGCCCUGCACCUAUCUGGCCUCUUUCUGUGUUCUCACUUAGGUUGAGCUCAAACUUCCAUUCCUGCCAGCAGGACCAUGAGUACCAGCUUGACCACUUGUGAGUGGAAGAAAGUCUUCUAUGAGAAGAUGGAGGUGGCAAAGCCUGCAGACAGCUGGGAACUCAUAAUGGAUCCCAACCUCAAGCCCAGCGAGCUGGCCCCUGGCUGGAAGCAGUACCUAGAGCAGCACGCCUCAGGCAGGUUCCACUGCGCCUGGUGCUGGCACACCUGGCAGUCGCCGCACGUGGUCAUCCUCUUCCAUAUGCACCUGGACCGCACCCAGCGGAUGGGCUCGGUGCGCAUGCGCGUCUUCAAGCAGCUGUGCUACGAGUGCCGCACGGCGCGGCUGGACGAGUCGAGCAUGCUGGAGGAGAACAUCGAGAGCCUGGUGGACAACCUCAUCACCAGCCUGCGCGAGCAGUGCUACGAAGAGGAUGGUGGCCAGUACCGCAUCCACGUGGCCAGCCGCCCAGACAGUGGGCCGCACCGCCCUGAGUUCUGCGAGGCCUGCCAGGAGGGCAUCGUGCACUGGAAGCCCAGCCAGAAGCUGCUGGAGGACGAAGCGACCACCAUCUCCGAUGCCUCCAAGUCGGGAGCCCAGGCGGGCUUGAGCUUCAACUUCUUCUCCCUUCGCUGGUGCCUCUUCUGGGCCUCCCUCUGCCUGCUCAUUGUCUACCUGCAGUUCUCAUUCCGCAGCUCUGCCUUCCUGUAG